CAUAAAAUAGGUUAAAUAACAGGUAAUUAAAAACAGGUUCAAGUUUGUGCUGUCCCUUUGUUUAGUGCUCCCAUUUACAAUACUUGCUCAGUGAAACAGAAGAUAAUGAGUGUGUUAUCUUUGAGAUCAAAGUCUCUAAUUGUGAUGGUACCACCUUUGCACUGACAACCACACAACUUGCUUAAAACAAGAAUUAUUAAUACAUACACACUUAUAUCAAACAAAAAGUGCUCAACAUCUGAUUUUGCAUUGGAAUCAGUCUCUAAAAAUGACUCGGUUACACGAUGCUCAGUAUCACAUAAUCACAAAAUAUUGUACACCGUUUGCUGAUAAUCAAAUGAAGUGGGCUGUUCCAAGGCAAAGACAUUUAUGACAGCUAUCCUUCAACUAAGUGAUAUGCGGAGUUGAAUACGGAGCUGUUAUAUUGGUAACGCAGGUACUGUUUUCAAUCUGUUUCCUCCUUAAAUUUAUACCUGUUCUGUUAGGCAAUUAUGCUAUAUUGUGACAAAAGGGACUGUGUCUAUUUUUCAUCUUAUUUUAAUAUUUUCUAUUUGGCGGGAAUGGUCAAAGCAACUAUUUUUAGCUCUUUGUUGAAUGUGCUGUUUUGUGACAAGUGCAGGGUUUCUUUAACAUUUGCUAAAUCAUCAGGAGUUUGGUAUGCUGAUUUCACAAGUGUAUUUUUUCUAUUGUGGUGGCGCUGGCUCUAACAGAGAUCACAUUUAAAUUAUGAUAGACAACAGUUUCAUAUGCCAUAUGUCACUAUUGCUAAAUACUUAAAUCGCUAACAAAUGCUUCGUUAGAGCAGCACACCUAACUGUAUUCUUGGGUGUAAAUGUAUUGUUUACAUUUAAACGUAUAAAAUAUAUAAAGACCAAGAUGAUGUCAGUGAACGGGUUAAAGGAAUGCUGUCAUUUCAAUUCAUCUUAAGAUGCAUUAACAGCAUAUGUGUUGUGCAGCAUUUAGAACUGAAUUUAAAAGCCUUUGUAAAUUCUGUAUCAGUCGCAGAAUCUGAACUUGAGGGAGUGGAAAAUAUGCAGAAUUUCAAUUUCAAUUUAAAUGUGAUGUCUAAUUAAAAUGAACUGAAUUUCAAAUAACUGUAAUCUUCACUAGUAAAGGAAAACUAUGAAGACAACCUUAGGAUGUAUUAGAAAAAGGUCAUAAAGUUGAAAAGCAUCAAUUUGAAAGUUAAUAGGCCUUAUGGACAGACAGAAUUUUACAAAUUUCUGACAUUCAUCUUUGCUUUACUCUACAGGCACUAAAGGGCAGAUGGAUAACAGCACAUUUAAAAUAUUUCUUGCUCUAACAUGUCUCUCUAUUACUUCAACACUGAUUUUGGCAUACAAGAGUUAUCCUCUUUACCAAUAUGUGACUGCUUCCUAUAAUACACAAAAAAUACCAGACGCUUUAAAUUCGACAAUGCCCAUCAAAGACUCAGAGCAUGCCUUCUAUAAUACAUGUAAAAUCACAGACCCUUUAAAUUCAAUAACACCCAUCAAAGACUCGGAGCAUUUCAUGGUGUCUGCGUUUAUCGACCACAGACUGGGUGGGGUCAUUCGAGUCAUCGCCAUAAUCAAAAGAAACAGUCUUCAGCCCCUUUACUGUGUUUACUGCAGCGCUGAACAAGUCUGCAAAACUGUUCACACAGAUGUCCAGAUACACAACGACCAUUUUGGCUUCCCGUUUCACGUCUCAGAUGUGAUUUGUAAAGGUAAACACAUGCAAAAUGCAACUCAUGUCCGUAUAUCAACUAAAGAUUUAGAUAACAAUGCAACAGAGUAUCUGCCAAUACAAAAUCAAGUGAGAAUGAGCACUUUUAAGUAUAACUUUACCGUUUGCAUCUCAAACCUUUUUGGCGACUACAACAAUGUACUGCAGUUUGCUCAAACGAUGGAGAUGUACAAGCUUCUGGGUGUACAGCAUGUGGUCAUCUAUAAAACUGGUUGUGGACCAGACUUGGAAAAGCUCUUAAAACAUUAUGAAACAGAGGGGAUACUGGAGAUCGUUCCAUGGCCUAUCAACCAGUUUCUGAACCCUUCUUCAGGCUGGAACUUCCAGGAGCACAAAGGUGACGUCCAUUAUUAUGGUCAGUUAGUAACACUCAACGAGUGCAUUUACAGGCACAUGUACCAGUCCAAGUACGUUCUCCUGAAUGACAUUGAUGAAAUCAUCAUGCCUUACAAACACGCCAAUUUACCAUCUCUCAUGAAGUACCUUCAGUAUGCUUAUCCCAGAGUAAGUGUAUUCCUUUUUGAGAGCCACGUUUUUCCCACAACACAGUUUGAGGAGAGUCGGAAGUUCAAACGAGCUGAAUGGAAUAAUAUUCCAGGUGUUAAUAUCAUGGAGCACAUUCACAGAGAACCUAAUCGAAAGAACAUUUACAAUCCCACAAAGAUGAUUGUCAACCCAAGGAAGGUGCAGCAAACUUCAGUACACUCCUCAUUGAAAAACUAUGGAUAUAUUCACCGUGUAGCAUUUAAUGUGUCUAGGAUGGCGCAUGUGAGAGAACCAGUGCAGGUGAAUCUUACCAAAGAGCAACUGUUUGUGGACAAAAGAAUGUGGGACUUUGAGCAAAAACUGAUACCGAAUGUUGACCGGACUUUGAAGCUUUCAGGUUUGUUAAGGCCUCACUGAUGACAUGAUUUUAUUAUAAUUAUGCAGAUUGAGAAAUCUGACAUCUGAAAAAUAAAGGAUGCCUUUUGAGAAAUAUAAUCUUAGCCAAAAUGGUUGCAAAACUGAUUUAGACCAAGGUAAAGUUAAAAAGGUACUCAGCACAUUAACUUCCAGUUUUA